GUUGAUUCGAACCUCCGUUCGGUGGCAGCUACGCUGAAGGAACCAUGGAUGCAGCCAAAAUCUGCAGCUUUGGUUUUGCGCUGAUUGGCGCGUGGUUGCUGGGAUACAGGCCGUUGCUGCAUACCCCAUGCCGGUCUGCGGCAGAGGUGCUCACAACUUUGGUCAGCGGUGCAUCCCUGGCGCUCUUGGCGCCUUUCAUGCCGUGGCCCCCACCGCCCGGGAGCGUCAUCACGUUGGCUGUGAUCGGCAUGCUGCUUAGUGCCGGUACUCCAUGUGGAUCGCUGUUCUCAGCACUCCUGCUGUCCUUGAGCCUAGGCGUCGGGCUGGCCGGAUACUUUUGGCAGCUUGGGCUGUGCAACGCAGCGGAGUCAGGACCUGUGUCAGAUGUUCACGGGAUUUUUCUGAGCCUCAUGGCGGUGAUUUUCGUGCUAGCCUUUGUGUGCACUCCAGGGAUUGCAGGGCCGGGCACCAUGAAGGUGGUCUUGGCGCCAUGUUUAGGAGCUUUGCUUUUCACCUGUGGCAUAGCUGGAUUAGUGAAGGAGAAAUUUGCCCUCACAAUCCCGGAGCUCCUGCAGGCUUCCUGCGAACCGAGCCCACAGAAGUGGCGCAGCUUUGGACUUUGGGCUGUGAUCUCGUUGUGUGGUAUUGCCAUGCAACUGAUUUUCCUCCGCAGCGCGAAAGGCGAACAACAGGAUGGUCGCCUAGUCGAGCGGCUGCUGGCGGUUGAGGAGGGCCAGGAACGCCAGAGUGAGACUGCUGGCGUGGCCAACAUUCCACGUCCUGGCGCUGGUGGAGAGGGAGGCAAAAACAGGUACGACACCUUAAGAAAGGCCAUCGAUGCACCCGAAGAUGCGGACCUGUCGCAUCUCUCUGAAGUUGAUCGCAAGAUCGUGGAGAUCUGCCGGAAGGACGAAGAGGAACGUGACCGUGUCCUGUGGGGAGGAGGGCUGAUUUGAGGCCGAGUACGGUCGGGCCCCCCCGUGCGCCGCCAAUUUUUGCUCAUCCACAACAUGUGGUGCUGGAGAUCAAUGCACCUGGGAAGGAUGAGAUGAAAGACUUCUGGGGGUGG